AUGGAGGAGGAGCCCAGGUGGAGGAGGAGGGCGGCGGCAGAGGGCAUCGAGAGCGACACCUCCUCCACAGGACGACGACAGCAAGUUCAGAAGGCGGCCACGGAGGAGGAUGAGGAGGAGGAGGAGGAGACCAGGGGAGGAGAUAGCGGAGGCGGUGGAGGAGGCACGGAGGAGGAUGAGGCCGAGCGGGCUGAGCGCGAGGAGGAUGCCGACUUGGCCGAGUUGGCACAGGAGAGGGCGCGGGUGCAGGCCCAGCUUGAGGCCUUCCAGCAGGCGCACAAGGACUGGUACGAGUACAUGAUAUAUGAAUCGGAAUUGCUAAAAGACACUCGUAUGUUUUAUGGCCUUUGGGCACUCGAAUUUUUUUUGUCUCAGAUGACUUUGAGAUUAGUGCUCAAGAAGGGAACUCAGCCAACAAAGCGGUUGCUAAGCACAUUUUCAGAUCCAGUGACAAAAGGGAUUAACCUGUUGUCAGUAGAGGAAUGCGAGAGUGCUAGGGAUGAAAUGUCAUCCGGCAUAGAAGAUGUCGUGGACAAGAUUGCAUGCCUUGAGGGUAACCUCCAGAACUUAAGUGCAAGCUAUUUGAAAGAAUUACUGCAACAUGUCUUAAAAGAGUGCAAGAAACACCAGUCGAAGGAAAUGUUAAAGAAGUUAUACUACGAGAAGAUUAGACCUGCACUAGUUGCACGUGUUCUUUUAUCACCUUAUUCUCUCAGUGACCAUAGGGGCAUCAAGUUGCUUGAAGAGUAUAAGAAACAUGUAACAGAUGCUAAGUAUUUGACAAGUAUCGACUUGAUGGAGGCGAUGAUAAACAUGACAGAGUUAUAUUGGAGCAUCUUCUUGGAUUUCCUAAGUGAAAAAGGAUGUUUGGUAAUUGAGGAUUGGGAUAACUCCUUAGGUGCCUCAUUCGGGACUACUCUCUAUAAGCGUGGAGUCACUUUUGAUGGCUCCCCGCUAUAUAAGGGAGAGUGUGAUGCAUCUUUUCUUGAGGAUAAGAAUAACAAGAAGAACAGUAAAGCUUCGAUAUGCAUCGCUAUAUGGACGAGCACUAGUGAGAUAUUAUCGAGUAUUGUUAUCAAAGAUUAUCCAUGCGAGGAUUCUAUCGAAGAAGCAGAAGCAAUGGCGAUGUUUCUACUUCUCAAGGAAGGUAUCAGAUUGGGUUUACAUCUGCACCCCUUUGAAGUUUGUUCAGAUUGUCAAUUAGUGUUCAAUACACUUUGGGGAGCUCAUCGAAUUGAUCUAGAUGAUAGGAAUGCUGAUCUUUUGAAGUUGCUAAAGUAUAUGAGGAGGUAUUACACAAGUUUGAUCCCCGAAUGGCAGCAAAGGGAGAAGAUGUUUUGGGUUGAUGGCUUGAUGAGGGUAAUGAAGUUAGAAGGACCUGACACUAAUGUGGACCUCCGAAGCCUUCUGAAAAAGGUGAAAAGUUACCUUAGUGGGAAGCCGCUGUUUAAAUUCACGCAAAAACAAGGCUCCUUCAACAGUUUGAUUAAGAAAAACUCGCAGCAGUUAAGUCCUCUGGACUUGCACCAAAGAUACCAGUCAGAAGUUGAAGAAAAGGAUAAAGCAGAUAUAUUGUCCCACAUUAUUACAGCAUUGAGACCGUCCAAGGUUUUUAUUGUGAUGAAGGAAUCUCAGUCUGAAGCUAGAAGUAAGAUCUUGAAAAUGUAUGAGGACUGCAGAAUUGAGGAGACUAGUGAAGACAAAGAAAAGAAGAGAAGCCCCCAUCCUAACACUAAGUGGUCUCAAAGCUUUGACAAGCUGUUCAUAGUAGUUGAGUUGCCUGAGGCAAAGGAUAUUAUGCUGGAUUUGAAGCCUGAGGGCCAUUUUCACUUCUCUGCAAUGGGAGCUGAUGACAUGCCAUACGAGCUUGACCUCGAGCUAUUUGACGCUAUUAACCUUGAGGAGAUAAAAAAAAUAGUUGGAGUCAAAGACGUACGCUACCUUUUGAAGAAGGCUGAUAGCAAGUGGUGGCCGAGGCUGCUGAAGAAGGAGGGCAACCCCCCUGUUUUCUUGAAGAUCGACUCGUUAGAUUUUCAUGGUGUUUUGUAUCUGCAGAAGCUGGAUAUCAGAGCUGCAGCUUCUGAUCUUCAGAAUGAUGAAAACGAAGUGAUGAACGAAGCUAAUGAAGUUCGGUCAGAAAAAAAAGCUAAUGAAGAUGUGGGAGGAAGUAUGGUGGAGCAGAGUAAGGGGGAGGAAGCCCCGACAGGAGCUGCAAAGGAAGAGAAGCCAUGA